CAGGCCCUCAAUUCCAUGUCGCCCUCUCCCGUUCCGUUUCUUCGAUACGGGUUUCUUCUGAUCAUCGCCUUCGGGAAUGGUGUUUGCGACGAGCACGAAUACAGACUGACAAAGCAUUUGCUGGACGGAUAUGACGCCGGCGUGAGGCCUGCUAAAAAUUCGUCCCAGCCUUUGGUCGUGAUCUUUGGACUGUCUCUUCAUCAUAUUAUUGACGUCGAUGAAAAGAACCAGAUACUUACGACCAACUGUUGGGUUACGCAGGUUUGGACCGAUCAUCAUUUGAAAUGGAAUGCCUCGGAAUUUGCUGGAAUUCGAGUAAUCCGCGUUCCCUACAAUCGUGUCUGGCGACCUGACACGAUUUUGUAUAACAAUGCGGAUCCACAAUAUAGUUCAGCGGUCAUCAAUACAAACGUGAUCGUCAGUCACACGGGCGAGGUGGUCUGGUUAAGCCACGGUAUCUUUCGUAGCAGUUGCGACAUAAAUGUGGAGUUCUUUCCCUUUGACGAGCAACGAUGUGCCCUCAAAUGGGCCUCCUGGACAUACGAUGGAUACCAACUCGAGCUGGAGAGACAGAGCGAACAGGGGGACGUGAGCAAUUAUCAGGCGAACGGCGAGUUCCAUCUCCUGGACUUCACCGCUCGCAGAAACGUCGAGUAUUAUUCCUGUUGCGAGGAACCAUACCCCGACAUCACUUACGAAAUUCGCUUACGACGACGUCCGAUGUUCUACGUCUUCAACCUGAUUCUGCCCUGCAUACUAAUCAAUGGCGUUGCCCUGCUGGUGUUCUACGUGCCCUCCGAGUCGGGGGAGAAAGUCACCCUCGGCAUCUCGGCCCUUCUGUCUAUGACAGUGUUCCUGAUGACCAUUCGCGAAACUUUGCCGCCCACGGAGAAGACACCACUGAUAAGUCUUUACUAUGGCGUCAGCAUUUGUCUGGUGUCGUUCGCAUCCGGUCUAGCGGUCGUGACGUUGAAUUUGCAUCACCGUGGUGUACGGGGCAUCCGCGUACCGAGUAUCGUGAGAUCGCUGGUCUUAGACAAAUUAGCCAGGAUAGUAUUUCUGAAUUUCCAAGAGGAGAAUAGAUCGGAGCCAACGGAACAAUUCCCGAGAAGAAAGAACAAUUGUCCGCUGCACUGUAAACCUGAACUGUCGGAACAGCACGUAUCUGCCAAAUAUGUAUCGAGGAAAGACGAUAGUAACAGUUCUAGUCCCAGUUUAGAUCUCGGAAAAGAAGGCGGCCUUGAGGCGCAUUGGUCCCGAGUCCUGGGAAGAGUGCACGCGACCAUCGAGAGGAACGAGCGGCGCCUGGUCGAGCAGGAUCGUCGGGAAAGGACAGAGUUAGAUUGGAAACAGGUCGCCUUAGUCAGUGAUCGUGUUCUAUUGUGCGUUUUCUUGCUUACGACGAUCGUCAGCACGGCGGUGAUUUUAUGUGGUUCGCCCCCGACUCCGGAUGUGUCCAAAGAUGGCUAAUCCUUGGACUACCGGUUCGACUAACCGUUCGAUGGUUGGCGAAAAACGCUUUUCGAGAAUCACCGAUGAUUUUUGCUCCAGAUAAUUUUGUUUAUAAUAUA